UGUUUUCGAAUAAUAUUUUGACAGAUCCUUCUUAUGUCAUAAGGAAAAUGGCAAACAUCUAUCAACUUGGAUUUUGUCGGUUAAUUCCGAAAUCGAAAAAGUUUUUAAGUGCAAAACAUUUAACUGUGACAUCAGUUUGUAAUGUAUCUGGGAAGGAAAUGAGAUCUGUAAAUCCGAUUGAAAGGUUUCCUCCUUAUGACUAUAAGAAGAAAGGAUACGGAUUUAUCAAUGCGUUUUUUGAUUACACAACUAAGAGAUUCAAUGAUAACACAAAGGUUAUUACAGUGGAAGGUCCACCAGCUGUUGGCAAAACUGCAUUUGCUAAAGCUUUGGCCGAAGAUUUAGAUAUGAAAUACUUUCCAGCUGUUACUAUGGAUCACUACUAUAUUAAUGAAUAUGGGUAUGAUCUCAGACAACUUGAUGAUAAAUUACCUGAAUCAUGUAAAAGCAUCGAUUUUGAUAAAUUUCAUAAAGAUCCGCAUAAUAGAAAUGUAGCAACAAUGCAAAUUGUGUUAUAUAUGAAAAAAUAUGAACAAUAUCUUGCGGCUCUUGCCCAUUUAUUAAAUACUGGACAAGGAGUUAUUUUAGAGAGAACUUGUUACUCUGAUUUUGUUUUUCUAGAAACCAUGGCUAAGCAUGGCUAUGUUUCGCCAGGAGCUCGUUCAGCAUAUUUUGAAAUAAGAGGCAACACAAUCACAGAAUUGAUGCAACCUCACCUUGUUGUGUAUUUGGAUUGCCCUGUUAAAGAUGUUCAAGAAAAAAUGAAAGCCAGGAAUGAUCCAGCAGAAUCUACUUCCAAAGUUUAUACUGACAAGUAUUUGAAAGACCUAGAAACUGCUUAUAAACAAUCCUUCUUGAAGGAAAUAAGUGUACAUGCUGAGCUUUUAGUUUAUGAUUGGUCAAAAUGUGGAGAGGUUGAAGUUGUAGUUGAAGAUAUUGAAAGAAUAGAUUUCGACAAGUACACAAAAGAGGAUAAAAAGUUAAGAGAUUGGGUGAAACCAAAAGAAUGGGAUUGGAAUAAUGCACGAAUGCUGUAUACUGAUAGAGCCAAUCUGAUGCCAUACUUCAAUAUACCAAUACUUGAUGUCCCAGAAUUAAUCAUACCAGCCGAAGAUGUAAUUGUUAUGGAUGAAGUUUAUGGCGAGGCACCUGGAAUGAAAUAUGAAAAAGGAUUCAAUGCCGAUAUGGGUGAUAGUGGUAUAUGGACAAAAACAUCAUAAAUUUUAUUAUAUAUUUAGAUGAAGGUUCUGUUCAGAUACCAAUCAGAUAAUGUAUAAACCAUA